AUGACACGCUCGGCAGUGGAUACCAUGACACGCCUGGACAGUGAGUACCAUGGACACAGCCACCUGCAGUAAUACCAUGGACACAGCCUGACAGUAAUACCAUGGACACAGCCUGACAGUGAUACCAUGGACAGACAGCCUGACACUGAUACCAGGACACAGCCUGGCAGUGAUACCAUGGACACAGCCUGACAGUGAUACCAUGGACACAGCCUGACAGUGAUACCAUGGACACAGCCACAAUCUGACAGUAAUACCAUGGACACAGCCUGACAGUGAUACCAUGGACACAGCCUGACAGUGAUACCAUGGACACAGCCUGGCAGUGAUACCAUGGACACAGCCUGGCAGUGAUACCAUGGACACAGCCUGGCAGUGAUACCAAGGACACAGCCUGACAGUGAUACCAUGGACACAGCCUGACAGUGAUACCAUGGACACAGCCUGACCGUGAUACCAUGGACACAGCCUGAGUGAUACCAUGGACACAGCCUGGCAGUGAUACCAUGGACACAGCCUGACAGUGAUACCAUGGACACAGCCUGGCAGUAAUACCAUGGACACAGCCACAAUCUGACAGUAAUACCAUGGACACAGCCUGACAGUAAUACCAUGGACACAGACUACCCAUGGACACAGCCACAGCCUGACAGUAAUACCAUGGACACAGCCUGACAGUGAUACCAAGGACACAGCCUGGCAGUGAUACCAUGGACACAGCCUGACAGUGAUACCAUGGACACAGCCUGACAGUGAUACCAUGGACACAGCCACAAUCUGACAGUAAUACCAUGGACACAGCCUGACAGUGAUACCAUGGACACAGCCACAGCCUGACAGUAAUACCAUGGACACAGCCUGACAGUGAUACCAAGGACAAAGCCUGGCAGUGAUACCAUGGACACAGCCUGGCAGUGAUACCAUGGACACAGCCUGACAGUGAUACCAUGGACACAGCCUGACAGUAAUACCAUGGACACAGCCACAAUCUGACAGUAAUACCAUGGACACAGCCUGACAGUAAUACCAUGGACACAGCCACAAUCUGACAGUAAUACCAUGGACACAGCCUGACAGUGAUACCAUGGACACAGGCUGACAGUGAUACCAUGGACACAGCCUGACUGUAAUACAAUGGACACAGCCUGACAGUAAUACCAUGGACACAGCCUGACAGUGAUACCAUGGACACAGCCUGACAGUCAUACCAUGGACACAGCCUGACAGUGAUACCAUGGACACAGCCUGGCAGUGAUACCAUGGACACAGCCUGACAGUGAUACAAUGGACACAGCCUGUCAGUGAUACCAUGGGCACAGCCUGGCAGUGAUACCAUGGACACAGCCUGGCAGUGAUACCAUGGACACAGCCUGGCAGUGAUACCAUGGACACAGCCUGACAGUGAUACCAUGGACACAGCCUGGCAGUGAUACCAUGGACACAGCCUGACAGUGAUACCAUGGACACAGCCUGGCAGUGAUACCAUGGACACAGCCACAAUCUGACAGUAAUACCAUGGACACAGCCUGACAGUAAUACCAUGGACACAGCCUGACAGUGAUACCAUGGACACAGCCACAGCCUGACAGCAAUACCAUGGACACAGCCUGACACAGUGAUACCAAGGACACAGCCUGGCAGGAUACCAUGGACACAGCCUGGCAGUGAUACCAUGGACACAGCCCGACAGUGAUACCAUGGACACAGCCACAAUCUGACAGUAAUACCAUGGACACAGCCCGGACAGUGAUACCCAUGGACACAGCCUGACAGUGAUAACAUGGACACAGCCUGGCAGUGAUACCAUGGACAUUCGACAGUGAUAACAUGGACACAGCCCGGCAGAUACCAGAUGGACACAGCCUGAGCAGUACCAUGGACACAGCCUCGACAGUAUUACCAUGGACACAGCCUGGCAGUACUACGGACACAGCCACAAUCUGACAGUAAUACCAUGGACACAGCCUGACAGUAAUACCAUGGACACAGACUGACAGUGAUACCAUGGACACAGCCACAGCCUGACAGUAAUACCAUGGACACAGCCUGACAGUGAUACCAAGGACACAGCCUGGCAGUGAUACCAUGGACACAGCCUGACAGUGAUACCAUGGACACAGCCUGACAGUAAUACCAUGGACACAGCCACAAUCUGACAGUAAUACCAUGGACACAGCCUGACAGUGAUACCAUGGACACAGCCACAGCCUGACAGUAAUACCAUGGACACAGCCUGACAGUGAUACCAAGGACACAGCCUGGCAGUGAUACCAUGGACACAGCCUGACAGUGAUACCAAGGACACAGCCUGGCAGUGAUACCAUGGACACAGCCUGGCAGUGAUACCAUGGACACAGCCUGGCAGUGAUACCAUGGACACAGCCUGACAGUGAUACCAUGGGCACAGCCUGACAGUGAUACCAUGGACACAGCCACAAUCUGACAGUGAUACCAUGGACACAGCCUGACAGUAAUACCAUGGACACAGCCACAAUCUGACAGUAAUACCAUGGACACAGCCUGACAGUGAUACCAUGGACACAGCCUGACAGUGAUACCAUGGACACAGGCUGACAGUGAUACCAUGGACACAGCCUGACUGUAAUACCAUGGACACAGCCUGACAGUAAUACCAUGGACACAGCCUGACAGUGAUACCAUGGACACAGCCUGACAGUCAUACCAUGGACACAGCCUGGACAGUGAUACCAUGGACACAGCCUGACAGUGAUACCAUGGACACAGCCUGGCAGUGAUACCAUGGACACAGCCUGGCAGUGAUACCAUGGACACAGCCUGACAGUGAUACCAUGGACACAGCCUGACUGUAAUACCAUGGACACAGCCUGGCAGUGAUACCAUGGACACAGCCUGACAGUGAUACCAUGGACACAGCCUGACAGUGAUACCAUGGACACAGCCUGACAGUGAUACCAUGGACACAGCCUGACAGUGAUACCAUGGACACAGCCUGACAGUGAUACCAUGGACACAGCCUGGCAGUGAUACCAUGGACACAGCCUGACAGUGAUACCAUGGACACAGCCUGGCAGUGAUACCAUGGACACAGCCUGACAGUAAUACCAUGGACACAGCCUGGCAGUGAUACCCCGGAUACAGCCUGGCAGUAAUACCAUGGACACAGCCUGGCAGUAAUACCAUGGACACAGCCUGACAGUAAUACCAUGGACACAGUCUGGCAGUAAUACGAUGGACACAGCCUGGCAGUAAUACCAUGGACACAGCCUGGCAGUAAUACCAUGGAUACAGCCUGACAGUAAUACCAUGGACACAGCCUGGCAGUAAUACCAUGGACACAGCCUGGCAGUAAUACCAUGGACACAGCCUGACAGUAAUACCAUGGACACAGCCUGACAGUGAUACCAUGGAUACAGCCACAGCCUGACAGUAAUACCAUGGACACAGCCUGGCAGUAAUACCAUGGACACAGCCUGGCAGUAAUACCAUGGAAACAGCCACAGCCUGACAGUAAUACCAUGGAAACUGCCACAGCCUGACUUUAAUACCAUGGACACAGCCUGACAGUAAUACCAUGGACACAGCCUGGCAGUAAUACCAUAGAAACAGCCACAGCCUGACAGUAAUACCAUGGACACAGCCUGGCAGUAAUACAAUGGGCAGAGCCUGGCAGUAAGAACAUGGACACAGCCUGACAGUAAUACCAUGGACACAGCCACAGCCUGGCAGUAAUACCUUUUGCACAGCCUGGCAGUAAUACAAUGGGCAGAGCCUGGCAACAAUAACAUGGGCAUAGCCUUUCAGUAAUACCAUGGGCAGAGCCUGACAGUAAUACCAUUGACACACCCUGGCAGUAAUACUAUGGGCAGAGCCUGACAGUGAUACCAUGGACACAGCCUGGCAGUAAUACCAUGGACACAGCCUGACAGUGAUACCAUGGACACAGCCUGGCAGUGAUACCAUGGACACAGCCUGGCAGUAAUACCAUGGACACAGCCUGGCAGUAAUACCAUGGGCACAGCCUGGCAGUAAUACUAUGGGCAGAGCCUGACAGAAUACCAUGGGCACAGCCUGGCCGUUAAAUCCAUGGACACAGCCUGGCAGUAAUACCAUUGGCACAGCCUGGCAGUAAUCCUAUGGGCAGAGCCUGGCAGUAAUACCAGGGGCACAGCCUGACAGUAAGAACAUGGGCACAGCCUGACAAUAAUACCAUUUGCCAACAACAAAAAAUAAAACGGAAAAUCUAUAUAUCAGGAGUCUCUUUUUCCUGUCUCUUUAUUCUCUCCUUCUCCGUUACUUCUUUUUCUUUUCCAGUUACGUCACUGGAGCUUUCCCGGGCUGAAAAUAAAAAAGCUGGAGUCCUGAGACGUAGCAAUCCAGAGACAGGAGAGAAACCAUAACCCGUGCCUACACCUUGGGCACCUUCAACACCCAUACCUGUACCCACAUGGCCAGUCAUAUGCCACCACCCACCAUGAAAGCUUGAGUCACCCACUUGUGGGUGUUAGGGACCAGGUUUACUCCCACUGGUGUACAGCAAAGAUUGGCAGGUAUAAACUAUUAUAAACUGAUCAUUUCAAGCUGAAUUGUACUUAUUAUAUAAAAUGACAAAAUGUCAAUCGAAACUGAGCAUUUCCUCUGUAGCGGAGCUCUCUGUACCCCAUCUGGGUACCUCCGCCAAGAACCGCUUCCUAGCUGGAACUAGGAACAACCUCAGCGCUUCUGCCCCAGUCGCCGUGGCUUGACUGGAGUCAUCCUGGAGCCUUUCCGUCCUGGAACAGAAUAGGGGACUAGCUCUGUUCCCUCCCAGGGACUGGACGACACACAGUCCUAGGAGCUGUAGUAUUUACAAGGGCUUUCACUGCUGAAUCAUCCAUGAGCUGGAAUAAGAUGCUGAGCAGUGAUUAGCCCUUUCCUCUCCCAGUAACUAGACAACACAUAGUUCUGGGAGUACAACUGAUUUUAUUGAGCCAAACUCUGCCUUUUAUGCACAGACCCCAGCAUGGGGUCUCCAUUGUAUUCAACACAAGCCUCUAAUGGAAAUCUCUGGGUCUGGGAUAUAACUGAGUGAAAGACCGUUAAGCUAAUUAUCUCACAGGAACAGAGAGCCAAACACAAAAAUAUAAAAACAUAAAAGUAUCCCAAAACACAAUAAAAACAUACAAUAACCCUGCAUACUAUACAUGCCCAAACAGCCCUGAUCUGAGCACCCAGGUUGUCCAAAUAGCGCUCAGAUCAAUGCAGUGUAGGGAAAACGCCACCGUGUCAAAGUUCUGACUGGCUGCACACGUGGUCCUACGCCCAAAAUAGUUCCAGGGCGUUUGGUGUUUUUGCCGGCCAAUUUUCGGGAGCUCAAGUGUCCGAAAUAUGAGGUGCUCUGCUUGGCUCACAGGUAGCAUUUGUUCCCCUUAGUCUCAGACACCUUCCCUCCAAAAAUCCCUCUCUUGGCAGGUUGAGAAAUGGUUCAAAACCCCGGACCAAGUCCGGGAACCGCACGGUCACCUCAUGCCGAAAACAGUUCCAUAACAUUCGAAUGAAGGGAAAGUGCCGAACCAGGGAAAGCUGCUAAUGGCGCCUGGGCAGGGUAACUCCCGAACGGUGUCUCAGACCUGGACCAUAGUCGGUGGGCAGGAGACAAGCUUCUACACUCCUCCAGGAGUUGGUGGGAAGCGUACAUGGUAAGGAGUGUUUGUCACAUCCUCUUUGCCAAUUAUCUACAUCUUCCUCCAGUUAUAUUUAGUAUUCACUGGUAUGUAAACACUGUUUGGUUGCUGUCCCCGUAGAAUGAAAACUGGAGUAAACUGCACAAAUAACAUAUGUUUAAUGAAUAAAAACUGCAUGUAUAUUGACAUAUAUUAUAUGGCAUGUAAGUAUUCACCUACAAUUUAAAUUAGUGUAAUUUUUACUGAAAAUUCACAGAUAAAACUUAGUGAAAACAAACUGCUUCCUGUUAAUUACAAAGUAUAGAUAUAAUACUUUAUGCAAACUAAACUUUUAAGAUGUACCAUUACUGUCUUUUCAUUGUCACUAAGACAAGACAGGGGAACAAUUUGAGAUUUCACUUUAUUUAGUAAGACUAGGAAUUCAAAUGCUUAAGUUAUUUGUUCCCAAUCAGUUCCCUUGACAGUGCAUGUGGUUUCUCCUAUGUGUGUGCCUGACUUACUCCUCCACAAGGUCACGUCUAAAUUUAAGUAAUCACUUCAUGUUUAAUUUUAGAAAAUGAGUGUUACCCUUGUUGUGCAAGUGACGGCCCCUGUGUAAAGGCUUCAAGUACCAAUGUUCAGAUGGCCCCUGGAAAAGGUGAGAGAUUGCUGUAUUUGUAGAUUAACACAAUGCACUUAUUCCUCAAUGUGAACUUUUUCUUUUGUUAUUUGCCUUAUUGUAGAAAUAUAUAUAUAGCUAGUGAGCAUGGGUGCUCCCCCACACCCUCUCCAAUUCACUGCCAUGGUUGGACGCCCACAGAAUGUUUUCCAAGAGGGACGAGCCAAACUUGUGACAUAUCCCUCCGUGAUGACAUAUUUUAAUGGUGUUGAAUCAUGGAUGUACUUUUCAUUGGUGGUUAGUUAAGGGAACAGAGGCAGGUCUGGGCCCAAUAUGUAUUGGUUUACCUUCACAUGAUUUGCAAUAUUUAUUGUAGGAACGUAGAAUGGGUGUAUACCUGGGGACAACAAUGUGAAAAAUAAAGAAGAGAUGUAGAUGUUGAAAGUAGUUUUACAAAGGACACUUAUCUUUUAGGAAUGGCAAAGAAAGACAAUUAACAUUCUAUGAAAAGUGUUGUUGAGAACUGAGCUUUUCAUCAGCAUGCUUUAUGUGAUUUUAUCUUUUCUUUACAUAUGUCAUUUUCGAAAAAGUAUUAUAUCUAUUAUUUCCUAAACUGGUUAUUGAAAAUUGAAAUUUUCAUUAUUUUUUAUCAAGGUUAUUGCAGUUGAUUAUCAUUUGACGAUCAGACAGUUUUUAAUUGGGAAAUCUGCCAUUUUAAAACUGCAGUGUAAUUUGUAAACGCUUAGUCGCAGUUACUGAUAAAAAUGCACACUGAAAGGAAAACUUUUUUCACUGAUGAUUUUUGGUGUCCGAAAGAAGGAAGAUUAGCUUGAAUUUUUAAUUGAUGUUAUUAUUAGUAAAUUCUGCAUGAAAGAUUGGAAAAUGGUGUAAACAAGGCUUACAUGUCAUUUUUAAAUUGCUUAAUGUAUACCUCCUAAAGUUGGGAAGUAUGGAUAUGGGACAGGGAAAGCCUAAUGGAGUUGACGUGUUGUCAUCAGAUCACCAUGAUAAAGAUGUGGGUCUGUCCAAAAAAUGUCCAGUGUCAGUCACUGGCCAAACCUUUUCAAGGCUGCUAAUGUGCACAGUGCUGUUGCAAGUUUAUAAAUCAGACUGGCACCAGUAUAUCCAAAGGAAUCAUACCACCUAGGCACAUUCAUUUUGAGCUAAUUACUAGCUCCAUAUAAUGUAAGUGCAAUUCCUUUGAUUUUAUCCUAUAAUAUCACUGACUUACUACACUAUAUUCUGCACUUUUGUCAUUUUUGUUUGUUUCAUAUUGGUCCAUACUUAUUUGGAUUUGAGGACAUUUUCUAGGCGCUGCUCCCCUCUUCCUAACCAAUAACUAAUAACAACCAGAAUAAAAGCGACUCUGGUUCAGAUUGUUAAAGAUGCCAAUCCAAGUAUUUAACAAGCACUAGAAACUUUGCACCUUAUGCUACUUCUUAUAUAAAAUAAAGAUAAAUUAGGCAUGAUGCAGAUAUUUAAACCAUCGUAUGUGAUAUUUCACAUAAUUGGAUCUGCAACUCAUUUUAUCUGAACCUUUAUAUGUGAACAUACUACAUGUAAGAGAGAAAGUGAUUCAUCCUUUUUUAGAGCUGGAUUUCCAUGUCAUUAUUUGAAUCUCACAAAUAUAUGAACAUGUCAUAUAUAGUAUUGGCAUAUAAUACAACCCAGCAUCAGUGACUGAUCAACAGCGGUUUCAAAGAGAUCUCAAUGUCAAAUUUCACAAAACAGUAACCUCGCUAAACCAGGAAUUCAUUGUUAAUCUUGCAAUGUUGAGCAAGAGGGGCUGAAAUCACAAAGAAAAAACAAAAUAGCGCAUCAAGUGAUUUGCAUUACAAUCACAAAGUGAAGCUUAUGGACAGCCAAGUGUGCUAAUGAUGUUAUCUCUUGUUCUAGAUAUCUUGUGAGAUUAUGUAGCGAUUGCAGCACACAUUGUUAUCCGUAUGAACGUCUACCAAAGAUAAGAAAUGGAUGAAACGGAGGAGGAGCAGCUCAAUAACUGUGAAAUUCAGUUUGGUGUUCAGGCAUCGCUGGAAGACAUUGGACACUCGAGUAACAGGUUAGCAAAUGCUCUUCUGUUUGCAGAUAAUAUAUAUCCAUUCCUGUGAUGAUGACGUGCUACACGGGAACUAGAGAUAACAUUGCUACAGAUUCCAAGCCCUAGUGACAUUAUUGAAAUUCUGUGUUUGCUUAGCCACACCAGUGAAAAAGGAUCAUCACUCAUAUCGGGUAGAGCUCCGGGUACAUUUUCUAGAGUAUAGAAGGCGAGGACUGUGGAAGCAUAGGUAGAUAAGGCAGUAAAGGGGGUAACCCUAAAUGGAAUAAGAUAUAGUGAAAGGAGGAAAGCACUGCCCUAAAGAGAUGUUAUUAAUAUCUUAAAACGUAACUUUUAUUAGAAAGGUCUAUAAAGUGAACAAGAAAUAUACAAAGAAAAGAAAAAGAAAAAACAAGUAAAUAAAUAAAUAAAUGAAUGUUGGUGUCCAUAAAGUCAUCUUGGGUUUACUCACUAAAUGAACUUCACUAAAUUGAAAAGCAAGUUGGGUAAAUUGGAAAAGUUCUUUAACACAGAUUUAGUUGCAGCUUGGCUAAUCUACCCUGAAUUUUGAAAUUUGUUAUUCAAUCCACUGUCUAUCCCUUAGAAUGUAAACUCUGUUGAGUCACCACAUUCUGUUCCUGCACCUCCAACUUGUUUUAUUACAACUACUUGUUUUUUUCACCUAUUGUACAGUGCAAAGGAGUAUGAUGGUGCUUUAUGGGUAAUUAUAAUAAACUCUACAACCAUCAUGUUCUCAGUAAAUGCAAUAGACAAACAUUUAAAUACAAAAAAGGUGUUAACCCCUAUAAUAUUAUAGGUUAUAAUAUUAUCAGUAAAAAAGGUUGAGUUUUACCCCCCCCCUCCCAUUCCAGGAUGAAGCCUCCAAUCAAGAGCAUCUCAUUCUGGUCUGAUCUUAACCUAAAAAUUCCUGUCUAGCAGUGAUUUUUGGGAUAAGUAAUUUAUUCCCAAAGAGCAGGUUCACACAUCUAUAGUUAAUGUUUGUUUCUCAGUGACGCAAUGACUAGAAUAGUGUCUCCGGACCCCUAAAGCACGUUCGCUUACUGAAACGCUUUAUGUGUGAAGUCAGUCUACUGAAAACAUUCUAUCUCUAGUGGCAAACCGUACAUUUCCUAAAGAGAUGCUUCAAGCAAAUAUUGUUCCAAUCCUGAAGCCGGACAAAGAUCCAGCUAAAUUGGAGAAUUAUCGCCCUAUAUCUCUCCUUAACAGAGACGUAAAGAUUUAUGCCUCGAUUAUAGCUGACCGUUUAAAAAUUUGUAUUCCUGCCCUGAUACAUCAAGACCAGGCUGGAUUUAUUCCUGGCAGAGCAGCUUCAGGUGGUCUUAGAAGGAUAUUGGAUGUUCAUGAUGCUGCAUCAAGGAAGAAUGUUUCCCUUCUGACCCUGUCAUUGGAUGCUGAAAAAGCUUUUGACAGGGUCAGAUGGGACUUUCUGGCGAAUACAUUGAAGGCAUAUGGUAUAGUGGGCGCAGUCUAUGAUGCCAUUAUGGCAUUAUAUACUAUGCCUUCAGCAAGGACGCUAGGUCCAGGAAUAGAUGCAGACUGGUUUAAUAUCAAGAAUGGUACUAGACAGGGCUGCCCCCUGUCCCCUUUGCUUUAUGUUUUAACCAUCGAACCCUUGGCGGAUGAUAUAAGGCAAAAUGGGAAGAUCAAGGGACUUAGGCUAAAUAAAAUAAAACAUAAGAUCAAUCUAUAUGCCGAUGACGUCAUGCUUAUGCUGCAGAAUCCUAGGUCCUCGCUACCGGAAUUGAUAAAGAUAUUGGGUCAGUACAGUGAAUACUCAAAUUAUAAAUUAAACAUUGACAAAACUACAAUAAUGUCAACUAAUAUAUCUAGAGAAGAAAAGUUUUUUUAAUUAAAAUAUCUUACAAUUUUGCCUGGGUAAAGGAUAAUAUUAUGUUCCUUGGUAUCAAAAUUCCAAGAAACAUAAAAAAAGUUAUGGAGGUUAAUUUUCUCCCCCUCAUAAAAUAUACAAAUAAGAUUCUAAAAGAAUGGGCUAGUAGGGAGAUUUCAUGGAUAGGGCGUAUAAACACUAUUCGCUCCUAUAUUCUGCCCAAAUGGAACUAUCUUUUUAGAAUGCUACCAAUACAAGUUCCAACUCCUUUGGUUAAAAAUGAUACAGUCAGCUUUCUCAAAAAUCAUUUGGAAGGGUAAAAGACCCAGAAUAAGUUUACAUCAGCAAUCUAAGAAAAAAAAAGAUGGAGGUCUUGCUGCCCCAAACAUAAUAGAAUAUCAUAAUGCCUGUAUGCUGGCACAUGCUGUUAAUACUAUAAGCAAAGAUCAAAUAGAUCAAGCUUGGUAUCAAAUAGAAUAAUCAUUAGUAGAGACUGAAAAUCUGAACGCUCUGUUUUGGGCAACAAGAAAGGAGAAAAAUAGGAGUAAACCAGUAUGCUCAGGAAACUCGAUCAUUAUUUCUAAUAUUUUGGGAUCCUGGAAUAAAAUCAAGAAAGACUGUAAAAUAGAAUAUAGAUUGUUUCCAUUUUUACCCAUAGAGAUGAUUAAGGGGAAUAUUGAAGAUAUUAAUAGUGGGUGGUUACAGAAGGGAAUUAAGAAUAUCCAAGAGAUUAUUGAUAGAAAGGAAAUUAAGCCAUUCAAUCAGCUACAAUCAGAGUUUGGGAUUGAUAACAACGAGAUAUUCACAUAUCUAAGAAUUAAGUUUUUUUGGCGAAAUUCUUGGAUUUCCAGCUUAAUAAAAUCUCAAGUAAUCUUAAAAAGAUUCUGGAAACUCAGGGAAAUAAAGGCCAUAUUACUAGAUGUUAUGAGUUUUUAAAGGAUUCUAAGAAGCCUUAUGUCUGGAAAUCUAAGAAUAAGUGGGAAAAAGAUCUACAUAUUGAAAUUACCGAGCAAGACAUGAUAACUGCGAUAGUUACGGUAAAUAAAUCGGUACACUGUUUGAAUAUAGUAGAGAAUUUUUAUAAACUCAUAAAUAGGUGGUAUUUGGUCCCAGAAAAACUGGCAAAAAUUUAUAAAGAUCAGAAUCAAGCCUGUUGGAGAUGUAAUGACGGGAAAGCUAAAACAGUCCUAGCUAGGCACUGGAAAAGCAAUAAAGUGUUAGAGUGGGCUGAAAUUAAAAAACAAAUAAUAUACCAAUGGAAAAUGGAAACUGGAAUAAUUCAGGGAAACUCUGUGGGUCUGAGUAAAACCAGUAGGUGGAAAAAUAUAGUGGACAAGUUUAUGGCUUGUAAUGAAGGCUUAUAAUAUAGAAGGUCUGAGAUGGCCCCGCAGUGUGUGUCUGACUCCGGAGAGUAACUAGUGAUAUAAGUAUUUAUAUGGAAAGUAAUAGGCACAAACGGUUAAUACAAUGCCGGUUUCUCGGGAGAGUAUGUGUUUUUUAGUGUGAAUGUAGUAUAAAAAAAGAAAAGAAAACAUUCUAUCUCUAAGUCAGCUAUGCCUUCCGUUACUUUGGCCUCAAAUUUAAAAUUCACUUCAGUUUCACCUUCAAUUCUCAAUUUAGUAAAUAGCCAUUUGAGUGCUUUGUGACUCAGUAUAAUUGUAUUGUACUUAUUGGCUGUAUAAUUGGUCCUUGUAUGUUUACUGCUUUUCAUGGCAUAUUUCAGUUCUAUUUCUAGUCUGUUUUUAGCUAUUUUCCUCUAUCUAAAGAUUAUUUAAAGAUCCUUUAUUAGUCUAGUCAUACCAUUCAUCAGGUAUAGUCAAGCCCUUAAUCUAUUAAGAUCUAGCUAAAAACAAUGCCCUGGUCAGAAUUUAAUGUCAUGGACCAAUAAAGCAAGAUGACUAAGCGUGUGGAGGACUCUAGACAGUGGUUUGUAAAUAAUGGUUUCAUGUUUAAGCAUGCUCAGUUGCCAAAUGCUUGAAAUUGUUCUGGAGAUUAAACACAGAACAAGAACAUCCAGGAUCCAACAUAAUGCUGCUACAUAUUAUCUACCAGCCAGGUAGUCAAUCAGUUGUUUGGUGACCCAAAUUUUGGACCUGAUCAAAGUUCAGAUGCAGGUUUGAGCCCUUCUGGGAUCAAUCAAAUUAGCACUUUGGGAUAUUAGUAAAUACCAGGGCAUGCAUAAAAUCGGCCUAUAUCCAUCAUGUUGUUUUGAUAUUUAUUUUUUGUGUGGCAAAUUCACUGUUCAGUUUUCAUGACUCUUUAAUAUAAAUAUGUUUAUGUCCAUCUGAUUUGUUGUGAUAUGUUUAUAUAGAAUUGACAACUCUUCAGUUUAUUUUAAAAUAAUGUUGUGUGGAUUGUUUAGAGAAACUAAUGAUUCAUUUUCAAUUGUCCAUUAUUGUAAUGUUUUGUUCAGGUUUGUGCCUCCCAGUGAAACAAACCGGAAAAUUGUCUCUGCUAUAAAACAAGGUAAUCUGUGUAAUUUGUACUAACCGACCAAAAGUAUUAGGUAUUGAAAUUCUAAAUAACUAAGUCUUUUGCAUUUAGGAGAAAUCACUGAGCUACAGAAACAUGUGACACAUAAAUAUGCCCUUGACGAGGCUGACGAGAAUGGCUGGUUUCCCUUACAUAACGCAGUCGUUCAACCGGUGCAGCAAAUCACUGAAAUAAUUCUAGAUGGUAAGGUCUCAUGGUGAAUGCAAACUAUUACUGUACAAUUUGCAAACAUUAUACCUUAAAUGGUUAUUCUAAGCAUCAUGGCCACUUCAAUGACUUGAUGUGGUCAUGGUGCCUGGAGUUUGUAUGUACCGUGUUUCAGUUUGAAAAGCUACACACAGAGCAUUUUCAGCAGCGCCAUAUGGUUGUCAUUAGUUAGUCAUACUCCUAUGCACAGAAUUGCAUUCAUUAACUGAGAGCAGUCAGCUGACUUCUGGAUCCAGUAGUCAUCAUUGGUCACAAGAGGAUCCCCAGCACCCAGCAAGGACCCAGGUAAUAGGGCAAACAGGGGUAGAGUGGACUGUAGUUAUAAUGAUGCAUGGCGUAACCCUUUUAAAUACAUACAUUUUGGUAAUAUAUUCUAAGGAAUCUAGAACUACAUAUAUGACUCUGGAACUAUCGGCAGUUCAACGGCACCAAAACUGACAGGGUUAGAUGGCCCAUCACUCAGUGCUGCCAUCAGGGCAUUAUAGCCCAUUCAUGAACACAGACAGCAAAUACACACACUCUAUAUUGAAAAAUCAGGGGUGACAAAGCUCCCCACUAGUAGCAUCCAGAAAGACCUUGGCUCAUUGAGAGUCAAACUCUCCAAAGGCAAAGCCUCCCCUAGUUCUCUCAACCCAAUGGCGUCAUCAAAGGUUGGAUGGAUGUGUAUAGUUAAGGCAGAAAUGUAACUUCCAUGUUAUGGUGAGGCUGCAGUGGAGCUGGGCUAUGGUUCCUGAGGAGAGCCAUAUUAUGUAUACACUGCCUGCAAAAUAUAUCUUUUAUUUGAAAAUGGUAGUCUUCCUGCAAGGUGGGCGUUUUCAUUUAGUUUUUUGUAACACCUCAUUAAUAUACCGCAAUUUAAUGUAUUUUUCUCUUUCACUUCAUCUGUAUAUCCUUUACUAUAAUUCUUAUGUUGGCUCGGCUAUCUCCCUUCCUUCUAAACCUAUACGGUAUGUAGGCCCACCAUCUUGUGAAUGUCUCCUUUCUUGUCCUACUCUUCUCUGUCAAUCUCUCUCUGUGCUCUUGACAUACUUUAAUAGCAGCUCCUUUUCAUUUGUGGUGUUAAUUUUAUGUAUGGUUUCAUGAAUUGGUUAGUAAAGUGAUUAUUACAUGCGUGCCACAAGUUUAUAUGAAUGAUUGCAAAUAAAUUCAUCCAGAUAUUUUCCUUUUUUGACUGAGACUAUAUGGUUAAAUGUGUCAGUGGGCACUAGGCUUGUUUUAUAAUGUUGACAAUGCAUGUAAAUUGAUCCUAUUCCCUCGCAUCUCAUCCGCACUUUGUCUCCCUCUCUUGCUCUUCCUCUCACUAAAAUCUUCAAUCUCUCCCUUUCCUCUGGCCUUUAAAACAUGCAACUGUAACCCCAAUUCUGAAAAAGCCCAGUCUUGACCCCAACUCCCCAUCCAACUACCGCCCUAUCUCGCUAUUGCCAUUUGUCUUCGAGAUCCUCGAGAGAGUUGUGUACAUCAGACUGACUGACUUUCUCGAAUCCAACUCUCUGCUUGACCCCCUUCAGUCUGGAUUCCGCGCUGGUCAUCCUGUUGAAACUGCUGUGACCAAAGUAUCCAACGAUUUAAUCGCUGCUAAAUCUCGUGGCCAUUACUCUAUCCUAAUUCUCCUUGUUCUUUCUGCUGCCUUUGACACUGUUGAUCAUCAACAGCUUCUACGGGAUACUGCUCUCUCCUGGUGCUCCUCCUACCUCUCCCAGCGCUCUUUCAGUGUUUCUUUCUCUGACUUUGUCUCUUCGCCCCAACCACUCUCUGUCGGUGUCCCCCAAGGUUCUGUCCUUGGUCCCCUACUGUUCUCUAUCUAUACUGCCUCCCUUGGUAAACUCAUCAGCUCCUUUGGCUUCCGUUAUCAUUUCUAUGCGGAUGACACGCAAAUCUACCUGUCCUCUCCUGAGCUCUCUCCACCCAUCUUGACUCGUGUCUCUGACUGCCUCUCUUCGAUCUCCAACUGGAUGGCUGCUCACUUCCUUAAACUCAACCUGUCCAAAACAGAACUUCUGGUCUUUCCUCCCUCAAGUGUUACUACUCCUGUGUCUGUCUCCCUCCAAGUCAAUGGCGCUACCAUCACCUCUACCUCACAGGUUCACUGACUGGGUGUUCUUUUUUGACUCCAACCUCUCCUUCACCCCUCAUAUCCAAUCAAUCACCAAAUCCUGUCGCUUCCAUCUCAAAAACAUAGCGCGCUUUCGCCCCUAUUUAACCCCAGAUGCGGCUAAGGUGCUGGUCCAUGCUCUUGUUCUCUCUCGCCUUGAAUUCUGCAAUACCUUCUCAGUGGUCUUACAUGUUCCAAGAUUGCACCACUGCAAUCUAUAAUGAAUUCAAGUUAAAUAUAGGGCUCAAUUUAAAAAAAAGACUUGCUCACAAGUCCCUACAUAAUGCUGCUCAAACUUACCUAUACUCCCUAAUACACAAGUAUGUCCCGUCGAGGCCCCUUCGCUCUGCCAAAGACCUACGUCUAUCCUCUGUCCGUACUCCCACCUCUGAUGCUCGCCUCCAAAAUUUCUCCAGGGCUGCACCUCUUCUUUGGAACGCCCUUCCCUUCUCCAUAAGAUUUUCACCCAGUCUCCACUCAUUCAAAAAAUCAUUGAAAACUCACUUCUUCAAGAAAGCAUAUCAGUUUAACUGUAAGCAGGUUUUUAUCCCCCACCCCCAUGACUCCUCUCCUGCAACUGUAAAAAAUUACCUACUAAGCCCUCAGUGAAUACUUAUCUAACAACCUACUUUGCACUCCUACUUUUACCCUUUGUGUCACUCUACCCCACUCCCUCUAGAAUGUAAGCUCAUUGAGCAGGGCCCUCCUCUCUGUUCCUGUACAUCCAAUUGUCUGGUUAAAAUUACAUGUCUGUUAGUCCACCCAAUGUACAGCGCUACGGAAUGUGAUGGCGCUAUAUAAAUAAUAAAAUAAUAAUAAUAAUAAUAAUAAAUAGGUGAACAAACUCACCAGGAACAUAUUAAAUACACGCAUUUUUGUGGAACAUCAACAUUUUACUUUUCAUUCACUAUUGUUCUCCUUGAAGGUUUCAAAGGUGACUUAAAGGACCACUCUAGGCACCCAGACCACUUCAGCUUAAUGAAGUGGUCUGGGUGCCAGGUCCUUCUAGGGUUAACCCAUUUUUUUAUAAACAUAGCAGUUUCAGAGAAACUGCUAUGUUUAUGAAUGGGUUAAGCCUUCCCCUAUUUCCUCUAGUGGCUGUCUCAUUGACAGCCACUAGAGGCGCUUGCGUGCUUCUCACUGUGAUUUUCACAGUGAAAGCACGCAAGCGUCCAUAGGAAAGCAUUGUAAAUGCUUUCCUAUGCGACGGGCUGAAUGCGCGCGCAGCUCUUGCCGCGCGUGCGCAUUCAGCCCAGGAGGAGGAGAAGAGGAGGAUCGGAGGAGGAGAGCUCUCCGCCCAGCGCUGGAAAAAGGUAAGUUUUAACCCCUUCCAGAGCCGGGCGGGAGGGGGUCCCUGAGGGUGGGGGCACCCUCAGGGCACUAUAGUGCCAGGAAAACGAGUAUGUUUUCCUGGCACUAUAGUGGUCCUUUAAUCAAUUGGAACAUUCACUAACCUAAGAUGAAUGUGUAAUACCAAGCUCUAAAGGUAACAAAAAUACUGUAAACAUUUGUCUGAAUUCUCCCGUUGAUAAGUUCAAUCUAGAUGAGGAGAGUGCCAUUCCACCAAAAAAGGAAUCAGUGUAGCACAGGAAUCAAUCAAGACAUACAUCACUAUCUCAUAGCAACAAGUAAUUACUAUUAGUGCAAGGUGUACAGCUACAACGUAUUCUGCAGUACCUUUUAACGUGGGGAUACAAUAACAAAUAAGAAAAAAAUGUAUGCAUGUUAACAAGAGAUGACUGGGAACCCUGGUCAAAUAAGAUUACAAACCCACAGGGGGAGUAAUGCAGACGACAAGUGUUUUAUUGUUAGGGUGUUAACAAGUUCUUUUUCAAAAAUCUUCUUCUCAAAAAACAAUUCAAAAUACCCUCAGAUUUAUUUUUUUCUGUUGAUUUUGCACUUUUUGGACUGUUCAGACUGUUGGAUGUUUGAUCAUCAUGGACAUGAUUCGUCUUAUCAACCUAAUUUUAAUAAUAUGAUCUGGUAAGAGUCAAGCAGUGUGAGUACUGCAUACACCAAAUUUCUGUUUCCUGGAUAGGCCCUUAUUUAUUCCACAUGUUCCUCCCCUUUCAUAUUAUGGUAUGGUGUCAGAUGGCAAUCGUGGAUUAAAAAGGCUUUUGUCUUUUUGUACAAAAUACAGCAGGCUGCAAAUCUUUAUGGGAACAGAAGACCAAUGAUGGUGAAACACCACUUACUCUUGCUGCUAAAGCGGGAUUGGUUCAAAAUGUUCGUGCACUACUUGAGAAGGGAAUUUGGCCAAAUACCAAGAAUAGAAAGGGGGAAUCCCCUCUUCUUAUUGGUAAGUGACUUUGGCACCGUAAAUAACAUGUAGCACUGUAGUGGUGGUCCAUUUAGAUGACAAUAUUGGUUGGUGGACAAUUUGAACAAUUUGCAGAAUCAUUUAUUUUUGAUGGAAUGAUCAAUAACCCCUUCAUAUACAUGGUUAUUAUACAGUUUGGGAGAUUAUUGAUCAAAUUAUGUAUUUCAUUUUCAUCCACUACAGUUGAAUUGGGAAAAUAGCUCACUUGAGUUUUCCCAGUUUGACUAUCAAUAUUCCUGUAAUUUUUCAGAAAUUCCCCGGUUAAACAUCAUCGGUUCCAAACAGUUCACAACUGAUUGUGAUUGUAUCAUUUAAAAAAUAAGAUAUGCAGGCAAUAAAGCUAACUUAGAUGGCUGCUGUGUGUGUUGUUUAACUGGCAUGAAUGUGUCUACUUAGUGUGUGUACUUGUGUUUGUGUGUAUAUAUAAAAAUACCUAUACAUCACAUUGUUCUUUCACGAUGGGUGCAGAUAAGUGUCUUUUGCUUUUUUUAAGCAAUUCAGAUUGGAAGUUCUGACAUGGCAGAAAUUCUCAUUAGUUACAAUUGCACCAUUAACCAACCGUGUGUUAAGAGAUGGUCAGCCAUUCACGAAGCAGCUAAACAGGGACGCUGUGAUCUUGUCUCUUUACUUCUGAAAAACGGAGCAAAUCUUGGCGUUAGGGAUGGGUUUGGCGUAACACCAUUGGGAGUUGCAGCUGAGUUUGGACAUUGUGAUGUGCUCGAACAACUAAUCCACAAAGGUAUGUGAAAUGUAAUGCAUGUGAUUUCUUUGUAUAAGAAAGUUCAAAACUAGUAACGAACAUGUACAUUUUUAUAAUGUCAUUACAACAUUGACACUGAACAUCUCAAAGUUGAGGGUCAACAAUGUAAAAGUUGAAGCAGUGGAGUGACAAUCUAGUAGAAAUGCAAAAUGUAAAUUUAAACCAAAUUCUAUCUUAACACCUAAACCAUAAGCCUAGCCAUUACACCCUAAACUUAAAGGACCACUAUAGUGCCAGGAAAACAUACUAGUUUUCCUGGCACUAUAGUGCCCUGAGGGUGCCCCCACCCUCAGGGAACCCCUCCCACCGGGCUCUGCGGGGAGGAAGGGGUUAAACUUACCUCUUUCUCCAGCGCCGGACGGGGAGCUCUCCUCCUCCUCUCCUACCUCUUCUUCCGUCAUCGGCUGAAUGCGCAUGCGCGGCAAGAGCCGCGCGCCGCAUUUAGCCAUUCCAUUGGAAAGCAUUCACAAUGAUUUCCUAUGGACGCUGGAGUCUUCUCACUGUGAAAAUCAAUGAGACAGCCACUAGAGGCUGGAUUAACCCAUUUAUAAACCUGCUAUGUUUAUAGAAAAAAGGGUUAAACCUAGCUGGACCUGGCACCCAGACCACUUCAUUAAGCUGAAGUGGUCUAGGUGCCUAUAGUGGUCCUUUAAUCCUAACUUACCUAAACCACUGGGAAGCUCUAGGUCAUGAGAUGAGUCAGUUAGAUCAUUUUUGAACAAUUGCAUAUUAUUUCAAAUGGAAGUAUUAUAAAAAGCUUACAUAGAACAUUAAUGUUAAAAAUGAAAUUAAAGUUGUUUCUGUAAAACAGUAGACAGAACCAAUCAAUAUCAGCAUCACUAAAAUAAGUUUUGAAAUAUUGACAAGUGCAUUUUGAGUAUAAUAUUAUUGAGUAUAUAUUUUUGUAAUUCAGUCUUAUUGCAAUUUUACCAUUUACUGUCUUUCUUUUUGGGGAUUGUUUUAGACACAAUGUUGCUAAGGCCAGUAUGAUAUUGUCAUGUAUAAAAAGGGGAAUUAAUCCUCAGAAUGAGAAGCCAAUUUUGCCUCUUUAUAAUUCAAUGGUAAGACAGCACCUUGAAUAUGCUGUGUAGUUUUGGGCACCUGUUCAAAAGAAGGAUAUCAUGGUACUAGAAAAAGUGCAGAGGCAGGCUACAAAAUUUAAAAAAAGGAAUGGAGCAUUUUAGUUAUAAAGAAAGGUUAACAAAUUUAAAUCUUUUUAGUUUAGAAAAAUGGAGCCUCAGAGGGAAUAUGAUAGCAUUAUACAAAUAUCUUCUGGGCUGAUACAAACAAUUGUCUUGAAAUCUAUUCAUAAACAGAACUAUACAUAGGACUCAAGGUCAUGCAUUUAGACUAGAAGAACAGAGAUUUAGUCUAAGGCAAAGGAAAAGCUUUUACAGUAAGAACAAUAAGGAUGUUGAAUUCUCUGCCUGAAGAGGUGGUGUUAUUAGAGUCUGUGCAGAUGUUUCAACAGUAACUGGAUAAAUAUUGCAAAAACAUAAUAUGUCAGGUAAUAGCUUCUUGAUCCAAGGAGAGAUCUGACUGCUGUUCUGGGGUCGAGAAGGAAUUUGUUCCUAAUUUGUUGCAAAAUAGGAAAACACUUUAAACAUUUUUUGUUUUGUUUUUUUGCCUUCUUUUGGAUCAACGGGGAAAACAGAUGUGAGAAAGGCUGAACUUGAUGGACUCAUGUCUCGCUUCAGACCAUGGGCGUCCGCAGGAAGGGCAAGGGGGAGCAGAUUUUUCUUUUCAGAUUUAGAAUGCACUGCAAUACCAGCGCUGUGUAUGGAGAGAGGCAAGGAUAGGAAGCUACAUCUUAUCCCUGCUUCUAUCUCCUGACUGAAUCCGCGGGGAGCAGCACAGAGUGCAGCCAGCAACUCCCAGACUGCAGAGACAGCCUACAGAUCAGGUAAGUGAGGGAUGUGGGGGCAGCCUACAGGAAGGGGCAGCAAGGAGUAGGAAAGUAAAGUAGGAUAAGGAGAAGAAAUGAGCAGGAAGGGGCAGAAGGUGCACAAUGGUAAAGGAGCAGAAAAAAUAAGAAGGAGCAGAAAGGUAAAGGAACAGCAAGGAUCAGAAAGGAACAGCAAGGAGCAGAACGGGCAGCAAGGAGCAGAAAGCAUCUGCAAGGAGCUGGAAAGGGCAGCAAGGUAAAGGAGCAGAAAGAAUCAGGAGCACAAAGGUAAAGUAGGUGAAGGAACAGAAAGGGUCUACAUGGAGCAGCAAGGAGCUGGAAGGGGCAGCAAGGAGCAGUAAGGGACAGAAGGAGCACAAAGGUAAAGGAGCAGAAAGAAUCAGGAGCACAAAGGUAAAGUAGGAAAAGGAUCAGAAAGAGAAAGGAGCAGGAGGGCGCAAAAGAAGCAGAAAGAUAAAGGAGCAGAAGGAACCAAAGAGGAGAGAAGAGUGUCAGAAGAAAAAGAAGACUGUGUGAAGGAGAAGAAAAGGAGAUUGGAGCAGGAAGGACAAGUGAAGUGAUCCCUCCACUUCAUUCUGGACACCACAUCAUAAGGCUUUGGUACCUGGGCCUGGCAGGAAACUUUGGAGAUUCUCAUCUCCCCAGGUAAAAAAAAUAGUGUUAACGUGUUCACUUUUAUUUACUGAGUGUCAGGAAGCAUAGAGUGCCACUGGGUAGGGGUGCCGCUGAUUGGCUAGAGCGGUCAGCUGGCACUCUAAGCCAAUCAGUAGCUCCCCAUUCAUAAAAAAGUAAAAAAAAUUAUAAACCGGGAACUAGCGAUUGGCUUUGAGCAUCAGCUGACCACUCUUGCCAAUCAGCGGCACCCAUGCCUGACGUCAAUCUGCACUUCCUAACACUAUGUUUCAGAAGCAGAAUACCACUGAGCGACCUGGAGCUGGAGGAAGUCUUUGGUUAAACCAUUUGAGAGCGGUUUAACCCUUUAAAGGAAAGAGCACCCAGGGGCUUCCUGGCAUCAUAGCAUUUUCAUUUAGAUGAAGUUGUUAUGGUGAUCAGAAUGUUCCUGUAAUUUGCUUAAGUGUCAGGAAUACAAACAUGUAUUCCUGACACCAUAGUUGUGAAAAUGCUAUUCACCUUGGCUUUAUGUUAUAAUGACUAUGCCCCUCCCCUUCAUGACACUGUCAAAAAGGGGCCAAGCAUGAAUGUCAUUACAAUUAUGCCCCAUCUCCCCAAUCCUCCUGGAAAAAUUCCUGCGGACGCCCAUGCUUCAGCCUAUAACUAUGUAGUCAUAUGAACAUGAAAUGUUUAUCUGUUCUGAGUGUGAGAUGGCCCAAGUAUUGCUGGUACCAUAUAAAUGACCAAAUAUGGACUCUAGACUGAAAACUCACUUGAGCAGGGUCCUUAUCUACCAAUUGUUCCUGUAUAAUUUUGUAAUUGUGCCUUUUAUUGUUAAAUUUCCCCCUUCCAUAAUAUUGUAGAGCUCAGCAGGAAUAAAUUAGCGCUAUAUUAAUAGCAAUAAUGACAGGCUCGUCAAACAGAUAACUCUCUAAACCCAUCUAUUUAAUAUAGUUAAAGCACAAACCAAUUACAAAAUAAAAAGUGUAACGUAACAUAUUUAUCUCUGCGGAUUACUGGAAAGUCAUUGGAUUUUGUUUAUAGGUGUUAGGUUUACUUGAAAUUAAAUUAAAUUAUUUAUAGAAUGCCACAUGAUAUAGUGAUAUGUGUAAUGUAUAAAUAAUCACCACAGGUCCACAUAUGUUGAUCUAAUAAUAAUUUUGAAAGUAAUUUAUUCUUCACUGUACUUCCUAACUGUGCCAACUUCCAUAGACUGAUACUCAAAAUUACACACAUACCUUGAUCCUUGUAUUCUUAAUAUAUGAGAACGUUUUGCCAUAGGUGGGGAUAUCAGUGUCCAGGCACAUGAUGGGUCCACAGUGCUAUGUGAUGCAGCCACUGGUGGAAAUCCAGACUGUGUGGCUCUACUUUUGGAAUAUGGUGCAAGUGGAAAUAUACCCGACAAAGAGGGAUAUCUACCCAUACACAAGGCAGCCUAUGGAGGGCAUUACCUGUAAGUAAUGUUACUCACUAUCUCAAUUAAAGACAUUUAUAGCAACUGGAUGAGAAGCCGGAAUUUCAGAACCAACCCAUGGUUGCAGUAAGAGUGCUCUUAUAAUUUGAAGUUGUACCUUUUGGUCUGCAAACGCAGCCUCAAAGUCUGGGGAUCCUCUCAUACUCUCCUCUGCAGGAGGUAUUCUCCAAAUCGGGCUAUUCGACACGCUUCACACGUCACAGAGGCUGCAAGGGGUUGCCAGGUAACCAUGGCAACCCUGUGGGUUGUGCAUGUGUCCUUAAAAAACACUGCAAAACACUACACUCCUUUAAUAAAACAUAAGUAGGUUAGAAUUAAGGGACACAUUUCCUGCUGACCCUUCUCAGUGAUGCCCUGUGACAAUUCUAUCCUAUACUGUUUUAGUUCACCCUAUAUAUAUAUAUUUCCCUCCUCUGAGUAGUAAGUGCCCUGUCGUGAUUUUUGUUACCCACAAGUGCAUUCUAUAUAGAUUUUAUUUUCCUGUUCUGACUCGGCUUUGUCUGACAAUUCUGUUUAUCUGGUGUCCCGGGCCUUGGCUUGUUUUAUUGUUUUGUGCACAUCUGGAAUCCUUGACCUUGGCUUGUUUUCUUCACUUUGCUAUUUUUGACCAUCAUGGGCAUCACAUUAAGCUUGGCCACUCUUUGGUCCUGUAAUACAUAUUCUCUGCUUCCUGAUUACCUGUUCACUCACUGUUUACCUAUUCUCUGGUGUUAGGUUCACCUGUCCUGACACCCUGUGAAUAAUUGGAUAUUUUCAGCAUAACUAUCUUUAGAAUUGAAGAUUGCAUUUAGAAGGCCAAAUGAGACUAAAUAACUUAAAGGACACUCAAAGCACCAAAACAAUUUAUUCUUAAUAAAUGAGUUUUGGUGUAUAGCUCAUGCCUCGGAAGUCUCACUGCUCAAUUCUUUGACAUUUAAGAGUUAAAUCAUUUUUUUUAUUAUACAGCCCUAGCCACAUCUGCUUUGGCUGUGACUCACAUAGUCUCGUUAUAGACUUCCAGAAAACAAAUAUAAAAAUGUUUAGCUCUCCUUACUGCACAGUGUGUUUAAUUUAGAAUUGCUUAUCUCCUGCUUUAUUAAUUGCCUGUUAGCAUCUGCAACAGGCUACGGUGCAUGAUUAAAGCUCGAAUAACAGGAGAUAAGUAGAUACACUGUAUUGUAAAAAAAUAAAUUUAAAAAAAAAAAACAAUGGGGGGUGAGUCACAGCUCUGGGAGGUGUGGCUAGGGCUGCAUUAAUAGAAACAAAGGUGAUUUAACUCCUAAAUGGCAGAGAAUUGAGCAGUGAGACUGCAGGAGCAUGAUCUAUACAUGGAAAUUACUCUAUUAAGCUAAAGUUAUUUUCAUGCUUGAUGUAUCCCUUUGAAUAUUGUCAUUGUUGAAUUUGCUUCUAUUAGCUCAGAAUUAGCAAUUCUUACAACUUUCUUGGGGUGUGUUAAAAUUAUUUUUAGGGGCGUCUUGACAUGACUCAGGAGUCUCCAACAAUCCCAGCCAAUAGAGUGUUUUUCUUUAACUAUGGAUUGAAAAUGCUCUCCAUGUUGAACAAUUCUAGGAAAGUCUCCGGGAACUGGGUCUGCCAAGUUUAUUUCCAUUGAGAUUCUGAGCUUAAUCUCCAUUUAAGUUAACUAAGACUCUGCUAGUUGAGUUCCAGGGGAUGGUAAAUUUGUAAAGAGUUCCUGAUAUAGAAUUACCCAGGAUCGACUGAGUUAAGUCUCGUAGAGAAAGCAUUUUAGCUUUCUCACUUAGAUAUUUAUUAUGUAUUUAAUAUGGUAACAAAUGCAAGUGAUUAAGUUUAACAUGAUUAGCUUAUUGUUUUUGAUACUUUCCAUUAGAGCGAUGAAGUACCUCAUACCUGUAACUUCAAGACAUGCGAUUAAAAAAAGUGGAUUAAGUCCCAUCCACUCAGCAACAGAUGGACAAAGCUUGCAGUGCCUCCAGCUACUGAUUGAAAAUGACUUUGAUGUCAAUGAAUUGUUGGCCGAGCAUAUAUCUGAAAAUUACGAUGAUAAUAGAAAAUCUGCAUUGUUCUUUGCAGUGUCCAAUCAAGAUGUGUUGUGUACAGAGAUGCUCUUAAAAUCCGGUGCUGAUCCAAAUCAGGACCCUCUCAACUGCCUCUUGGUGGCUGUACGAUCUCCAAAUCAUGAAAUUGUGAGAUUGCUCUUAGCUCAUAAUGCAGAUGUAAACUGCUACUUCAUGUUGGUGAACGAUACUCAUUUUCCCAGUGCAAUACAAUAUGCACUGAACGACGAAAUGAUGCUGCGGAUGUUGUUAAAUAAUGGAUACCAUGUACAGAUGUGUUUUGAUUGCAUGCAUGGAGACGUUUAUGGAGAUGCAUUCACGUGGCCAUCUUCAGAGGUGCUUCCAGGUUGGACAUCAUGUGUCAUCAUAGACAGUCCUGUAGGUAUUCCUCCAAAGUGUAUGCUUUUUCUCUAUACACUGAGCAAAAUUAUAAAUGCAACACUUUUGUUUUUGCCCCUAUUUUUUAUGAGCUGAACUCAAAGAUCUUAGACUUUUUCUAUGUGCACAAAUCUGUCUAAAUCUCUGUUAGUGAGCACUUAUCCUUUGCCGAGAUAAUCCAUCCACCUCACAGGUGUGGCAUAUCAAGAUGCUGAUUAGACAGCAUGAUUAUUGCACAGGUGUGCCUUAGGCUGGCCACAAUAAAAGGCCACUCUAAAAUGUGCAGACCUCUUUGUCUCAUUGAAGUGGACUGGGUGCAGUGUCCCUCUUGCCUUAAAGAAGCACUGUUACUGUCUGGGGACUUUGCACCUGGUGGUCCAGUGGAUGGUGGGAGGGGGGGCAGAGAAAGGCAAGAUUUACUUACCUGAACUUGUCCCUCGCGAAUUCUUUUCGAAUCCCUCAUCUUCCUGUCUCGUAUAUGUGAAAGUACAACAUUGAUGUCUAUGAAAGAUCCUGUGAGACCAUGGGAUCCUCCAUAUAUAUAGCAAAUAUCUCUGCAGUGUAGUCAUCACUGGCUACAAGAUGCAUUUUGUCCCCCACCCCCAUUCUCACCAAAAAGUGCACCUUCACCUGUGUGACCCUUAAUUCCCCUUUAGAAUUUCUUACCCCCUUUAGAAUAUCUUAUAUCUUUUAUUUUUUACCUUUGUGCAUCUCUUACACACUCCUUUGUGUGUCUCUAACUCCCAUCAGCCCCUUUGUGUGUCUCUUUCUACCCCCAGCUCCUUUGUGUGUCUCUUACUUCACUCAGCCCCUUUGUAUGUAUCUUUCUCCCCAGCUAGUUUGUGUGUAUCUUUCUCCCCUUACCCAGCCUCUCGGUCUGUCUCUUCCCCCUCCCUUUGCAUGAGGAUGUCCAGCGUGUUGAUAGACCCAAUAGUAACGAAUAGAGUCAAUGCUUUUCUAUGGAGUAGGCAUAAUGCAUACACGGCGCUCGCCGCACAUGCGCAUUACUUUCCCCAAUCAGCUGAUGUCAGAGGAUAAGGUGGAGCCUGGCCCGGCAACGAGGGACAUCAGUGCUGGAAUCACGUAAGUGAUUAAAGGGAUUUUAAACCUUUCACAUGGCCAGAGGGGAACAUUGGGGUCAGAGGGACACUAUAGUGUAAGGAAUGUUUGUAGUCCUUACACUAUAGUGUUCCUUUAAUAAUAAUGAAAUAUGAAAUAUAACAGUUGUAUCAGGCCGAUCCCAGGACUUCCUGAAAGUAGGCAGUGACACCUUUUCAUGGACCUGGUUCGCAUUUUGCAUAUCUAAAUGUACUAAUCACUUAAAUGUUUUUAUCAUGAAUUAAAUAUUAUGGUAAGCUUUGAUCGUUUUGUAUCUCUUUCAGUUUUGUGACUUUAUCAAUGUGUCAUGGAGAAGCAUUUGGUGGGAAAGGUUAUUCGAAUAUUUGUGGAUUAUAUGGAUUAUGUCCCUCUGUGCUCCAAAUUAA